CCGCUGCGAACUCGGGACUCGGCGGCCAUGUUGAUCUUAGUGGUGCCGGCAUGCUAGGUAACCCAGGUGCCCCUGGUGGUGUGCCUCAACCCUCUCCCCAGGACCACUCUCAACAUCAACAACACCAGCACCAGCAGCAACAACAUCAACACCAUCAGCAACAACAGCAGCAGCAGCAUCAACAGCAACAGCAGCAGGCCGAUAUGCUUCAGGGCCUUGGACAGCCCCAGGCCCAUCCUCAUCAACAUCAGCACCAACCCCCGGUAGCCCCCAUGGGCCAGCCCCAGCAGAUGCAGCCGUCCCCUCAUCAGCACUCAAUGGACCCUCAGCUAUCCAAGAGCACGGAGGAUAUGGCUCAUGAAUCCGGUUAUGGCCAGCUAAACGUCGAGAGUGCUCUUGCCAAGAGAUUGGCUCGUGAGCCGGGUCAUCGUCUUGCCCAGCAGAGGCGCCCUGAGCAAGUGCUGAACCUGGCACGUAGAAGCAAUGUUGAAGCUUUGUUCGCUCACAUUGCUGGUGAGCCGGCUCGCGUCCCUUGUAAGAAUUGCCACAAGGGCCACGGUCCAUGGACUAGCUGCAUCGUGGUGGACGGCCAGAUGUGUGGCAGCUGUGCCAAUUGCUGGUUUAACGCCAGUGGUGCCAGAUGCAGUUUUCACGAAACGCGCAAUCCCCAAAAUUCUCAGCAGCAGCAACACAAUACGGCGAUCUUGCCGAACGGGGCAAACGGCGGAAUCAAUAUUUCGGCUGACCCCAAUGCUUUUCGCUUUGGCACUCCUCACCCGCUUGGUACCCAUGCUGCCCUUGCUGCUCCUGCUCCCGUGAGUGCUAUCGCUCCAGCAGCUCCCUCGAUGAGCAAUCCAAUGCUUCAGCACAUGUUGAAUCGGGCCCUGUCCGAGGUACGGAGCGCGGACAAGGCUACCCGGCAACUUAUUCUCAUGGAAUGCGCUGCCAAAAAACUGGCGUUGAAGAUGGUCGACUAUGAGGAGCUUAUUAGCUCCCAGGAGCAGUCAGGGAACCCCGGAGGACCUGGCCAGCAGGGCUUGGGUGAAGAUGCGGGCGCAUAGGAAGAAAACGCCCCUGAUCUACAUUUGGAGAACUUCUCACUCGUUCCGGACUUAGAGGACUUUAUGGGCAUACAUAUGGCCCCGUCGGCUUCGUCCUGAUCAUGCGGCUUUUUCACGACGCAAAAAUCUUCCCGUCCGGCAACUCGACCAUCAAUCCUGGACCCAGCAUGGGUCAUUACUGUCCGCACAACCACGCAGUUGCGUGGAUAUACUGUUGCUACCCGAUUCGCAUGCGAAAGUAUCAUCACCACAUAUAUAACCUUUCGACAUAUCACAGCAGAAUUUUGGUUUCUUCCGAAGGAUCAAGGGUCAUGAAGAGCCUUAUCCACAUAAAACCACUACCAACACCUUUCCGUUUCUUCGUUUGGAGGCUUCCUAGAGAAUUUAUCAUUAGGCUGAUUGGAUGGAAUGGGGGAAAAGACGAAUCUUAGCCGGGACAGAUACUUUGAUAUUUUUUCUUCAGACUCGUAUGUCGAUAGUGGCACGGACGAAAAUCUACCAGCGAUACCCAGGUCCAGCCCCAAACCCUCCUCUUUAAGGCAGGAGGCAAUUUGACAAUGCCUCCAGCCUAAUUUUGGUCUUUGCCUUCUUCCUUUCUUUUCUCUUCCAUGGCCCUCUUCAUGAUAGCUUAACUUCUUAUUUCUUGGCCGUGUUGUUUAAUUCACAGAUUACGAACUCUUGAUAGUGUCUCUUUUGGGUUAUGCGAUUUUCUUUCUUGCAAGCGUCACUUGUGGCGUGCUCUAGUCGGGUUUUGGUUGAUUU